AUGACCAAGCAAUCACAGAUCUUCACAGAUGACUGGGUUACCAGACGUUACACCUACGAGUCUGCAGCUGUGUUCACCAAAGCCCUCCUUGGGAACAACACCCUCUUGUAUGUGGUGAAGAAGGAGCCAUCUCUCCACAAGCCCAUGUUUUACUCCCUCUCCAUGCUGGCUGUCAUUGACUCGGUGCUGUCCCUGACCAACAUGGCCAAAAUGCUGAGCAUCUUCUGGAGAUCACCCAGGAGAUUACCUUGGCUGGGCUCAUGUUGCCUCUGCCUUUUCUCCUCAAUCAUGGUUCUCUUCAUUGUGUGGUUGGAUCUGUUCAUUGGGCUCUCCUGCCUCAGGAUCUUGAGGACUGUAUUAAGUCUGGCUUUGAAAGAGGACAGACUGAAGGUAUUUGGGAGCUGCUUUUCCCGCAUUUGCAUCAUCCUCGUCUUCUACACUCCUGUAGUUCCCUCACCAGUCAUCCACAGGUUUGGUUGCCAUGUUGCCUCCCACAUGCACAUCUUGAUGGCUAAUUUCUACCUCCCUUUCCCUCCCACGGUCCAUGCUAUCAAAAUCAUAAAGAUCCAUGACCUGGAUUUUUGCUGGAUUUGA